AGUUUUUCAGUGGUCUUAUUUUGCGAAAUGUAGGUGAAAGACCAGUCGACAGAAGCACGAGAAAUAUUUUGCGAGAGUGUAGUGCGAAGGGAUGAUUGGAAAAUUAAACUGUAAAGUGAUUAUUGUUGCAUUUGUGAAAGUUGUCAGUUUAUGUGUUACGGAGAAGGAAGUUGGCAUCUAAUUAUAAAAUUAUGAUUGCGUUGUAAAAAUAUUUAUUGUAUGCAAAUAAACAUUCCUGCGGAAGACCCUUCCUUUCAAAAAGAGAAGUAUUUAUAUUACGAAACAAUUUAAACAUUUCACAUGUCACUGUGCUGUAAAUGCCAAUGAAAAUUUAUGAAAUAGAAAAAUCAAGAUUCAAUGAGACUGAAACCCUCUGGAAUUUUUUAAUAAGCAAUAAUUUCGGAAAUAAACUAAUCAAGAUCAACAUGUCACGGCCCAUGAAUAUGCUGAGGACCAGACGGAAAGACUGCAAUGUUAAACCCAAUAGAAGAGAUAAUAACAGGGCAACUAGAUUAGAUCGGAAAUCUUCCCGGGGAAUGAUAUAUGAAAAUGAAGAACUUCGAUUGAAAACAAUUAACAUCAAUGCUGAAGUGGAAAGCAGACAAUCCGACAUCAAGAAGCUUAAAAAAGAAAAUGAAAUGUUGAAAAAAGGUUUAUGGUAUCUAAGAGACGAAUACGAUAAAUUAGAAAAAUUGAUAAAAGAUAAAAAAAUAGACUUCUCGUCAUCGUCAACAACGGGCUCUACUUCCAGUGAUUCGGAAAGCUUCAGUUCGUACAGUGACGAUGAAGAAGAAGUAGAAACUACUCAAAAUAUGAAAAAUGUACAACGGACCAAUUUAAGAAACUUACAAGAUCAAUUCGAUCAUUUGUCAGUAGUAACAGAAGAAACUAGUGCCGAAAAUUCUGAAUUGCAUUCCAAUACGGGAUCAGUGAACAAAGAAAAUUGGAACGAUCCCGUUGAUAUCCUUCAACCAGAUCAAAGUUAUCCUCAAUAUAGAUGUCUAGCAAAAUCACCUACUCUACCAAUGGCGGACAAUAUACCCGUAAACUUUUUCACCCCAAUUAGAAAUUCGAAAAGUUUCGACGCCAAUAUACAACAAUGUAACGACGUCAUAUAUCCCGAAGAAUUUUAUAACAAUCAAUUUAGAAGUUCUACGAGUAGUAUGAUAAACCAGAGUAUUAAAAAUGAACAUAAUUUUGCAAGACCUGCAUCGGUGAAAACGAGCGCUUCAGACUUUUAUCAAAAUACAGUCUUCUUACCGAAAGCUACGUCAAAUCCCGAACUCCAAAUACAAGGUUUAGAGAAAUCCGCUACUGAUUUAAUAGUUAAAGUUGACAAUCAAACUUUCAAUGAUACACCGAUCAUUUUUAGUAAUACACCAACACAUAGUACGUUUUCUAAUGGUGGAAACUUAGAGGAAUUAUUACAAGAUAUCGAAUCUAUUUCCCAAAAAGCUACCCAUCAUCCAAAUACCACCGGCUACGGUUUUCGAGACGAUUAUGGUGGAAAUAACCAGGUAUAUACCGAGAAACAAGAAGAAGCUUCAGAUAAAGCGUAUAAAAGCGAAUUGAACGUAGUUUUGGUGCCGAAUCCAAUGCCGCUCAUAGGAACUGAUAAAUAUAAAAAUGUGCAAAGAAGUUUGGAAAACGUAGCUACUAAAUUCUCUGAUGAAUUGACUGCACCCCAACAUCCACUUCCAAUGGAAACUAAUUUAACACCAAUUGCGCCGUAUGUAUCUGGAACCAAUGAGGUUAAUUUGUAUCAAAAGCCUGACGUAGAAACCAAUCCUUUUUUCUUCGGAAAUAUCAAGGAUAACUAUGUGAACGCAGAUCAUUUUAGUAUGAGAUAUAAUCCAGAAUUAUUCAGAGAUAACAAUGAUACUAAGCGUGAUGUAGAUUCAAACAGGAAGUUUCACUCGGAAAAUACUUUCAAAAAUGAGAAUACGCAAACAGUUGAAUCGGAAAAUUUAGCAAAAAAAGGAGGCUCUAAAACAAAUCUUUUAGAUUUGACGUCAUCCGAUCACAUCUCUAGCGAAAACGAAGACAAACUUAAAGCAGCAACUAAUGAAAAAGCAGAUACAAAAUAUAGCAAAUCCAUCCAAAUGUCCGGAAAAUCACAAAAAUCACCGAAAUUAAGUAUACGGAAGAAAGUAUCUAUCCAUUUCAAAGGCAAGAAAGAAAAGAAUAAAAAUUCUUAUAGUUCAGAUUCGUCCAUUCCUAAAACAUCAACUGAAAGAAAGGGUUCAAUUUUUGACGCCAAAUUUAGUGACAGAGGGAAAAUUGUACACCAAAAACCUCCAAGUUCCGAUACGCAAAAGUCGAUUACAGAAACAAAUGCGAGACCAAAAACACCAACAAGUUCAGAUAGCAAGAAUAGUACCGAGAAAAAAUCACAAGUGAAAGAAACUAGCAUCGAUAAAAAACUUACGAAAAGUACUUCUGUCAGUCCGGACAGAAAACACGUUCAACUAAAAGAUGAUGUUCAAUCAAAAAAACACAAGAAACACAAAAAAGGAGAAAAAUGUCGACCACGACGACACAGUAAUGCCGGAGAACGAGUUCUCAGAGAACGUUCAUUUAGUAUAUGCACAGAUCGAUCAAAUAUUUUGGAACAUCGCAUGGGACUUGGAUUUGGGUCUAACCUCUAUUUCGACGAAUUUUCAGAUAGAGAACGAACCAAUAGUUUGAGCAGUUGCGAUACCGCGGAACACAGAAGGAAAAUGUCGAUGUUGCCGAAUGUAGCAUUGACUGGCAAAGUACCUUGGUGCGGAUGUUGGGGAAACGGGUGUCUGUGAUACAUUAUUCAAUAUAGUAGUUCAUUUAAUUCCUAUUCUUAUACAACAUAAUUUUUGUACAAUGAGAAGCGCCUAUAAUUGUUGUGUAAAUAAUAGAAUACGAGGUAUAUUUAAAAAGUUGUUAACGUUUUCAUAGAACAUUGCUACGUGAGUGUUUAAUCGUAUGUUUUAGUAUGUACAUGGGCGGCAUCUCCGUCGAUCUACAACGAUCGCAAUGAGAAAAUUGCCACAGUACCAAAUUCAAAUCCCGCCAGUUGUAAGGAAAUUUGUGUUUAAUAGUUUGUAACAAAAAAACCUAUAGCAUAAGAAAAUUUUUAUCACGGCAAAAGGAAUAGUGGAAUGAGUAUUUUGAGUGGAUAACUGGACGAUGAGUUGAGAACCGGCGUUUCACAACAACAUUCAGUUUUUUGUUAGUUUCAAAGACUGCAAAUACGUUAAAUAUGAUUAAUAGGGAAUUUCAAUCUUUACAUUGUUUGUUAGGAAUCUUUUUAUGCUUUUGAGAUAUUUCGUUUGAAAUGGAAUUUUUUUGUAGCCAACAUUUUAUAUUUAUAAAUUUUUUAUAUUGCUAAAACGAAUUCACAUUCUUUGACUAAUAACCAUAGAGUUGAUAUUGAAAACAAAGAGAGCUGGAUACAAAUAGAUCUGUACUAACGGAAAAGAGAGAAAGCGCAUCCGUUUACCUCUUCCUAUUUCCCUCUAUUCGCUAUUAAAAUCAAAACUUGUUUGACGUUCCCAUUCCCAUUUGAAACUAGGACGUCAUGGUGAUUCAAUCCGAAUAGAGAGUUUUUUACCGAUAUUCUUUAUCUCUCUUUCAAUAAUACAAUUCCACUUACAUGCCGCUCUCUCUAUCUUUAAUAUAAACUCUAUGUUAAUAACUACACAAUAAAAUAUUUGUUAAAUGUUGAAUUUUGAUAAUUGUAUUUUGUUUAUUUUUUCUACUGCCUCUGCGAGACAUACAUUUGUAUAAUCAGAUUAUUAAGCACAUUUUGUAGUUUUAUAUGACUAGAUAGUAAUCUAACUUUCUACCGAAUAAAAUGUUUUUCUAAUUUUA